CUUCACUCUGCCUCCUUCAAGUCUGUUUACCAUGUGAUCACAGGUGUCACGUGAUCUGUCCUGACGUCAUUAUCCUAUCAGCCGGAUGGGAACGAGCUGCUACCGGGGGACAGGGGCAAAGGGGAGCGGGUGAUCAUUUGUGACAUGUCCAUAAUCUGCAUUGCCAGUGUCUGCUAAUGGUUUGCUGCAGAUCCCCCUUAACGGACUACUCAUCCCCACCCCUUACCCCCCGGACGCUCCUCACUAAUGACCGGUUGGAUUAUCCUCCCUAUCAGCCUGUCAGCGUUCUCCAUCCCUGGGAUAUGGAUUGUGUACGCCAUGGCUGUGAUGAACCAUCAUGUGUGUCCUGUGGAAAAUUGGACAUACAAUCUAACGUGCACAGAUGACAACUCAAAGCAUGGAAGUCCCAAAUCAUGUUGUACACUGGAGGAUGUCCCUCUCAUCAGCAAGUGUGGGACAUACCCUCCCGAGAGCUGUCUCUUCAGUCUGAUUGGGAAUGUUGGUGCAUUCAUGGUUGUGAUGAUCUGCUUGCUGAGGUUCAGUCAGGUCAUUGAGCUCAGUCACAGUUCCUGGCUUAAUACUGUUGCUCUGAUCUCAGGCUGCACCAAUGCAACAGGGUUGGUCAUGGUGGGUAACUUCCAGGUGGAUUAUGCCAAGAGUCUGCAUUAUAUUGGAGCAGGGGUGGCAUUUCCAGCCGGCUUGCUCUUUGUAUGCUUGCACUGCAUCCUCACCUACCAUCUGGCGGUCAGCGUACUGGACUUCUGGGUCGGACAUUUACGUGUUACUCUAACCAUUGUGGCCUUAAUAUCCCUCGUCUUGAGUGGAGUUUUUUUUAUCCAGGACAGCUUCCUCCUCCAGCAUUUAGCUGCUAUUUGCGAGUGGAUUUUUGUUUUAGACAUCUUGGUCUACUAUGGAACUUUCGCCUAUGAGUUUGGUUCGGUCUCCACUGACACGUUGGUGGCCGCUCUUCAGAGCACCUCAGCCCGCAGUUGCAAAACUACAGGAAGCAGCAACACCGCAACCCACCUCAACUGUAACCCUGAGCGGAUUGCCAUGAUUUAAUUAUGAGGAGAAAGGUGGAGGGGACAGGGCUCCCUCUACCUCUCUCCCAAUUAUGAACACUCAGGAAAUUUAGCUUUAUUCUUUUUCUUUCCAUAUGUUUUUUUUUUUUUUUUAAUUUUUACCAAAUCGAUAUUUAAGCCAAUUUUUAAACCUUUUUGCUAUUGUAAUAGCCUGCAGCAUCUUUGCUUUGCUGGGCACUUUGUUAGCAAAAUACUUAAAAGGGACACAAAAACCUCAGUUACUUUUCAGCUCAUUUACAACUGCCCCUCAUUGACUUGAGAGAGACCAGAAAAGAAAAACAGGAUUUUUUUUUAACCUUAGAUAACUGAUUUACAACAUGACAGUGCCCAUUACUAAAAUUAAACAAUCUUUUCUCUUUUUUCUUAAAAAAAAUAUAUAUAUAUAUACACACACUAUUAUUGUUUUAAAAAAAGCACAUCUGCAUAUUAUUCCAAGGCUACUAUUUCUUUUGAAUAUAUCAUAUCUAGCAUUUUUCAGGGUUUAAUGUCCCUUUCAAAACAAACAAAAAAAGUAUUUACAGUGGCUCACUUUUUCAUGUAUAUUUUAAUGUGUAACCAUUUUUCUUGUUAUAUAUAUAUAUAUAUAUAUAUAUAU